UUAGCGAUUUUUGCUGAUUUAGGCAGCCAGCUUGGCAGAACGUAGGUCAGCUUGAUCCGACUUGUAAUCCGGUCAUGGCUCAUCCUGGCAUGGAGACGGAUGGCUUGGGAAAGCGACUGCCAUCAGCCCAGGACCUGGACGUGACAGUCCUUGCUUUCGCACAGUGGCUUUCGGAAAUGAAGCUGCGAAGCAACUCAUCGUUGCAGCAAAUGCUGGCAGAGAUGGGCAUCAUCCGCAAUGGCAUAACGACCAACAAUACGGACCUGACCGAAUUCAAGCGGAACACUGCCACAGUGCAGCAACAGAUGCAGUCGCAGAUUUCUGACCUGCGAGACAAGUUAACCGAUGCGUACACAGAGAUAGCUAACAUGAAAAAGACCAAAAGCCAGUUCGAGCAGGAGGUCCAUGCAGAGUGCCAGUCCCUGUCGGAACAACUGCAGUUCAAGACGCUGGAGCUGGAAACCUUGAAAAAGGCCUAUGCGCAAACGCAUCAGCAGCUUCAGCAACAAAUUCUGCAGCUGCAAACGCAGGUGAAUGAAGUCAGAACCAAGGGUGAGGACGUCGGCAGGCUGCAACACUUGAACGUGGAGCAGCAUGUUAGCAAGGUGUCCGAGGUGGAGAUGGCAGCUCAGUAUGCCAACAAUGAGAUGAAGAGGUUGCGGAGUGAUCAUGAUCAAGCCAUUGGAAAUCUGGCUGAAAACAUGAAUAGGUGGAAUGAUACCAUUCGAGACCUUUCAAAGGAGUUUCACGACUUUCAAAAGGUGAUGAACGUGAACCACCAGAGGCUGCAGAGCCAGGUGUGGGAUGUACAGGGAAAGCUGGGCCAAGCUCCAAGCGCUGGAGUGCAAAUGGAACAGGCAGCCCCAAGCCCAGCACCGGUUACCGAAUGCCGGGGAGGAACUGUCCGAACGCAAUCGCCGCAACCCAGGCUCCCAAAUCCGCCAGCUGCGGGGGUCAUAUCUCCGACUUAUUCUGGGCAGCACAUGGGACUGGCGCCUUUUGUGGUGUCUAGGUAGAUGGAAGUCAGCCUCUCUGACGAUCUCUGACCGCAGAGUGGAAGACAUUGGUAUUUUAUGUAGUUGUGCAGUUGCAGGCAACCCUGCAACUUGCUUGCUUGUCGAUGAACUCGG